AUGGCUUGUGCCCAGGGUUUCUAUAACAUCAGCCCGGCGAAGGACAGCCGCGAGCCUCUGCAGACCUUCCCAUCAUGCCCUCAUGCGUCCAGUCUGCUCCUAAACACGGCUCUCCCUCUGCUCACGGCUCCGGUGAUGACGGACUCGCCACUCACACUGAUUCCUGGAUCUGCAUCGAAGAGCCCCGUUCCUCAGACUCUCACGGACGCAGCGCUGUCUCUGUACGGAACAGGAAGUGCCUCAGUGCCGUUUCCUGUCCGCCCUGUGACGCUGGUCUCUGCUGGUUGUGUGCAGCUGCUGGGGGUCUCUGAACUGGCCCCGUACUCGCUGUCAGUGCUCAUGCCUCAUCUGUUAAACCCUCCUGAGAGAGACUCAUCCGCCAUCACGGGCCCUAAAACCACAGCCAAAGAUGAGGAGAUCAGCAUACAGGACUCAGACAUCAGUGCUUCUAAAAGCCCCUCUACAGACGAGACCGAUGUCUCUGGGAUCAGACUCUGUUCAUCAUGUCCAUCACGUCUGGCGUUGAUUACGACCCUCAUCCCCACCUUCAUCAUCCUCACCGUCUGCAUCACGGUCACAGUGAAGUUCGUGUGUUUCCCAAACAGAGAGCAAGACAUUGAGCCCCCUGCUGGCGGCUCACAGAACUGCAGCGUCUCUCCAGAGCCUUUCUAUUCUGUCAAAUAUCCAGCCAACGACACCGUCAGCAUUCCCUCGGAUUGCUCCGCAGCAAUGAACGCUGGGUCUCGUGGGUCGCGUAUUGUCGGCGGUACGGAGGCUGUGAAGGGUCAGUGGGGCUGGCAGACCAGUUUACACUAUCGGGGCAAACACGUGUGUGGAGGAGCCAUCGUCAGCCCUCGCUGGGUCAUCACUGCCGCCCACUGCUUCAUACAAUAUGGCAUGAAGCUGGAGUCGGACUGGAUCGUGGUGGUCGAUAGCGUGAGCGUCUCAGAUCUGUCUCAGGGAAAACGCUACCACACACUGCAGAUAAACCCGCAUCCGCGAUUCUCACUGGACAACAACGACUACGACCUGUGUCUGCUGCGCACACAGACAGAGAUGGAGAUGGGAGACGGCGUGAGACCCGUGUGUUUGCCCCGUCUGAGAGAGUCUUUCCCUCCGGGAUCGUCCUGCUGGGUGACGGGCUGGGGUUACACACGGGAAGGAGGGUCUGUGUCGUCACACCUGAGACAGGCUUCGGUUCAGCUGAUCGAUCAGGCCGUCUGCUCACAGCCCUACGUGUACGGCUCACAGCUCACUCCCAGAAUGCUUUGCGCUGGCGUUAUGGAGGGAGGAGUGGACUCCUGUCAGGGAGACAGCGGUGGUCCUCUGGUGUGCCGGACUGAAGCGGGUGACUGGCGGUUGGCCGGUGUGGUGAGUUGGGGUGAAGGAUGUGGACGAGUCAAUAAACCUGGCGUUUACAGCAGAAUCACUCCGCUGCUGCGCUGGAUUCAUCAGUACAUCAGUGUAAAUACACAUCACGUCUCAGAGAGUGUUACGGGUUCAGAUUAA